UUUCCUUCUCGUCCCGCGCUGCGUUGGUGAUGGUGCUUGGAUUCGCGCAUUUAAUAUACUUUAAUUAAAUGUUAAAAGUUUAUCAAUGUUACAUAUAUUAAUAGAAACUUUAAACUGUAAAAGGUUCAUUUAUCGGUUAAAAAAUUGGCUAUAGUUUUGGUUCUAACCCAUAUUUUUGUCGCCAUUUUGACCUGUGAUUUUGGUCAUACGAAUUGAGUAGGUAUUAUUUAAUUUGUUUCGUCAUCAACAAUUGUCCUACGUUGUUCUUAUGAAACAUAAAUGGACGUCCAAAUUCAAGGAGUGUGGAGAAAAUGUCCCAAACUAAUAGUACAAUAAAUUACCUUAUCCAUGAUGCUAACGGACUUCCUCAAGUGGUGAAAGUGCUGGAAACUACAAGUAAACCACUGAUUGCUCAAAUCGAAGCAGAACCGAAAGAGAGUCCAGUUAAAAUUGUUACUGUAUCACCUGUUCCGGUCAAAUGUGCAAAGAUACCUGUUCCAGCCAGUUUUGCAAGAUUUGGAAUUGUUCAAUACAAACAAAAACCUGCACAAAGACCUUGUGAUACAGUGACACACUUUCAAAAGAUAGCUCCGAAAUUAGAACCUGUUGGAAUUCAUGGUUUCUUGACUCGAGCUGACUCUGAUCUCGGCCAUAAAUAUCGAAGACGAAGAAUGUCCCACGCGUCGCGUAAACGACACGAUCCCGACAAUGAACCUGUAAUGGAGUACACAACCAAAAGACGUAAACAUGCUGAUAAAGUUGGCAAAGGAUUAAGACAUUUUUCAAUGAAAGUUUGUGAAAAAGUAAGAACAAAAGGUUUCACAUCAUACAACGAAGUAGCAGAUGAAUUAGUUUUAGAAUUUGCUGCUGGAAUACAUGGCUCUGGUGAUGGUCAACAAUAUGAUCAAAAGAAUAUACGACGUAGAGUUUAUGAUGCACUGAAUGUUCUUAUGGCUAUGAAUAUAAUAUCAAAAGACAAAAAAGAAAUCAGGUGGCUGGGUCUACCUACUAACAGCGUACAGGAAUGUAAUGCCCUUGAAAAAGAAAAGCAACAAAAAUUGGAACAGAUACAGAAGAAAACACAACAGUUGCAAGAAUUAAUUUUACAGCACAUCUCAUUUAAAAGUCUGAUUGAACGAAAUAAGGAAGCGGAAAAUAAAGGUCUGAAACCAUCACCAUCAUCAGCAAUACAUUUACCAUUCAUUGUUGUAAACACAAGUGAUAAAGCAUUAAUUGAUUGCAGUAUUUCUAACGAUAAAACUGAAUACAUGUUCAAUUUUGACAAAAGAUUUCAAAUACAUGAUGAUAUAGAUAUUUUAAAAAGAAUGGGUCUUUUAUUUGGAUUAGAUAAAGGCGAAUGUUCAGAAGAAGAUAUUGAGAGAGCAAAAAGCAUGGUACCUAAAUCGUUGGAAAGCUACGUAGAGCAAAUGGCAAGAGGUGUUGUGUCAAAAUUAUCAGACAUACUUCAAGAAGAAGAAAUUGAAGAAGAGGUACUGGAUGAAGAAAUGUUAAAAGAAGCUGAGGCUGAUGUAGAUGCUGAUGAACAAGAAGCAGAAGGGAAUGAUUAUAGUGAUGAUAGCAGCGACGUCGAUGUCUAGCGACCAUGAAAAGCGCCUUUUACGGGCGCUGUUUUCUCUGUAUUAUCUUAGCUAUAAGGUUAGCACUUAUAAAUAAACAACAGAGACUACCAACAAUGUAAGUAAUAAAAUAGAUAGGUAUUCAUAAUAGAGCUACACACCAUUACUUGACGGCAACCGUAAGUGAAAAAUCAUUUGGUAAAAUGGUGGGAGUACUUCAAAAACAAAUUUGUCUCAUGCUUCCAUAAAUCACCACCGUCCUUAUUUUAAGUGACAAUUGGAAUGUUCCUCGCCGUAACACACGGCUUUGCAUCGCAAUUUCUAUAUAAUUACAAGUUAUUGAACUUGUUGACUACGCUUAUUGUAAUAGAUUACUUUAAAUAUUUCUGAAAGCAUUUAUAACGUUUUUCAACAUAGUAUUGCAGAAAUGUUCUUUAUUAUUUAGUUAUUAAAUGUUGAAAUGAAUAAGCUUAAUUCAAAUGUGUACAUUAAAUUUUAAUGUUUUUAUUGUGAAAAA